CGCGACAGGAAGGCGGAGCCCCGGCUUCCGGAACUUUGUCCACCCCUCCCGGCAGUUACAGUGUAGGGGCUGUUGGCGUCUUGGUUUUUUCGCUGGUGAUGGCCGCCUCUGUCGCUAUGGAGACAGAUGAUGCUGGAAAUCGACUUCGGUUUCAAUUGGAGUUGGAAUUUGUGCAGUGUUUAGCUAACCCAAAUUACCUUAAUUUUCUUGCCCAAAGAGGUUACUUCAAAGACAAAGCUUUUGUUAAUUAUCUUAAGUACUUGCUUUACUGGAAAGAACCAGAAUAUGCCAAGUAUCUAAAGUACCCUCAAUGUUUACACAUGUUAGAACUACUCCAAUAUGAACACUUCCGAAAGGAGCUGGUGAAUGCUCAGUGCGCGAAAUUUAUUGAUGAGCAGCAAAUUCUGCACUGGCAGCACUAUUCCCGGAAGCGGAUGCGCCUUCAGCAAGCUCUGGCAGAGCAGCAACAGCAAAAUAACACAUCAGGAAAAUGAAAAGCUGGAUCCAGACCAGACUCCUAAGACUGUAUAUAUUGCUUUUGUACAGUGAAGACAAAGACUCAUCCUACCUACUUUUGUUGUUAGCACCUAGUACCUUUAGUGUGCUCUUUAAUCCAUCUGACUUUUUAUUAAUAGAUUUGUUAAACCAAACUGUUCUUUGAUUUCCCUCUGAAUUUGUAAGUUUUUAUUAGUAUUUAACACAAUCAGCUGGGUAAGAACAGAAACAUUAGAUGCUUUAGACCAAUUUAAGGAGGCAGUAGGGAUGGAGCAAGGGGAGAGCCAUCAAACAUCCCAAACUCAGCCUAGCUCUGUUCCUGAUGUAGUGCUACCUAGGGCGAGUCCAUCUCCUAGAACCAUACUGUUCCUCAGAUCAGAUACCCUACCCUUCCUAUCUACAGAAUGAUGAAUAGAGUCAAUCACCUGUUUACAUCACAGGACAAGAAUGGCAGUUUUUUUUUAAAUUCUGCAGGACAGGACAUGCCUGUAUUAGUACUUGCUUUGCAAGAGAUCAUUUUCAAAUAAUCAUUGGUAUCUCACUGACCUAGAGAUGGCAGGGAGAUUGGUAAUCAACCAAUUGGACUCUUAACCUUAGACUAGAACUAAGAUAAACCUCAAAUGCUUGUGCUCAAUUUGGUAAUACUAACAUUUAUCUGGCAGAUACCACAAACUAGGCAUUGUGUAAAGUGCUUAGCUGCAUUUCAUUUUAUUUUCAGAACAAUCUUUGUUCAAAAGGAGGAGACUGAGGUUUAGAUGGGUUAAGUAAUUUGCCUAUGGUUACAUAGCUAGUAGGGGGCAUUCAGUGUGACUGACUCAGUUUGGAGUCCUUCCUACAGCUAGGUUGUAUAGGCUCUGCCCUGUCUGCCACCCGCCUCAUCCGAAGUGGUGAAGCACAUUCAGACAGCUGUAAAACAGAUCUGCCUGCAUGAAGUGGGGGCUGGAUUAGAUGUGCUGUGUUUUCCUUCAGUGAUUAAGUCUAAAUUCUAAAGCCAAAGAAGAUAUUUUAAGAAUAACAGUUCUCUGUAAAUGCAUGGAAUUUAAGGUAAAAGACCCUAACUCAUUUAGAGAUUUGAAAGCUGUCUACUCACUAUUAGCGGCUUUCAUAUAUUUCUAUUACCUGCAAUAAUACAUUCUUUUGUGCUAUUACUACCACUCCUGAAGAUUUAUUUUACUUUGGAUCUUAAAGAUACCCAUGCAUUACAAACAAACUGAGGGUUUGUGAGCAUUUUAUACCACUCUGUUGUUUGGUGCACCAGUUUUUAUGUCAUCAUUAUUUAUUUAUGGCUAACAUGAAUUCAAAGCAAACAUGCAAAUCAGGACAUCAGAAGACACAACUGUCAUCAUCAAAUGUUAGUCUUCAGAGAACAACAUCUCCACGAGGUUGGCCUGAAGACAUUCUGAUUCUACCAGCUUUUGAGGCUGCAAAAGAAUAACAGUCAAAUUGUAACCCACAGUUACAAAAUUGCUAGGAAAGGAUCGAGUUGUUCAGUCUUGAAUGACAUAAAUCUUGGAACAGAGAAAGUGUGCCGUUCAGAAACUAUCGACUGGUGGUAACAAGUUUUAUAAAAUAGUUAAGAUACUUGCUUUAAGAUGAAUCAUUAAAAUAAUUGGGUCUAAACUUGACUAAAACCAGAGACAGGUAGCUCAGUGCCAUCCCCUCCCACCGCAGCUUUUAUUCAGAAUCCCAGGGCCAUGGCCAGAGGUGCCGUUUUCAACUAAUUAUGGAUUGAAUGGAAAACCACUGUUGAUGCCAAUAUUUAAAAAGUCAUAUGUAGACCAGCUUUCUUGAGCACUGUUUAUAGAAUUGUAAAAUAACAGCUUUUGAAAAGCAUGAAAAAGCCCUGACAGGUGUGGCUCAGUUGGUUGGGUGUCAUCUUGCAAGGUGAAAGGCAGCCCAUUCAGUUCCCCAUCCCAGGCGUAUGCCUAAAUUGUGGGUUCAGUUCCCCAGUCACAAUGCCUCCCUCCCUUCCCGUAUCUCUGAAUAAAUAAGUAAAUAAAUAAAAAUAAUAAAAGCAUGAAAAGUAUGUAACAUUUAGAUAUUUACGUUAUUAAUAGUUUACUGGGACUGGCCACAGGGAAUGGACUGAACAAUGUGGUGUUUGGGAUGAAAUGUCCAGACCUUUCCUCAUGGGAAACCAGAACAGGUUAAAAGAGUUGACAGGGUGAAUUGUAGCCCCAACACAGUUGAAGAAAGAUACUCACUGUUCCAUAUUUAAGUAGUGUAGGCACUGCAGUUACUUUCAGUUUUUUUCUGAAGUCAUUAUUUGGAUCUUUCCAACUUUUUG